AAAAAAAAUUUUGUUACUGGAGAAAUUGUAUAUAAAAUAAUAAUGGAGGUCGAAUACGAUGAUUCUGGCUGGCAGGGCCGCACAAAACAACAGUCAGGUGCCGAGGAGACGCACGAAGAUAAUCCGCAGAAAACAAUACAAGAAUGUCUCGAAAAAUUCUUAACGCCCGACUACAUAAUGGAACCAGGAAUUUUCACACAGCUCAAGCGCUACUUUCAAUCCGGCGGUUCACCUGAAGAAGUGAUAUCGAUGCUAUCUGAGAACUAUAAAGCCGUAGCCCAAAUGGCCAAUCUGCUGGCCGAGUGGUUAAUUUUGGCUGGUGUGAAAGUAACGGAAGUCCAGGCCAUGGUAGAGAAUCAUUUAAAGGAGAUGAUUCUAAAAUCGUUUGACCCAAAAAAAGCAGACACCAUAUUUACCGAGGAGGGCGAGACGCCGGACUGGCUCACAGAAAUGAUAGAUCACUAUACGUGGCGAUCUCUAAUAUAUCGCUUGGCUGAAGAAUACCCGGAUUGCUUGAUGCUUAACUUUACUAUAAAACUCAUAUCAGAUGCGGGCUUCCAGAGUGAAAUUACAUCUAUCUCAACAGCCGCCCAGCAAAUUGAAGUUUUUUCUCGAGUUCUCAAAACUUCAAUUGUUAAAUUUCUAAAUAAUCCCGACGAUGUGCAUGGUGCCAUUCAGGAAUGCGCUCGCAUGGUCUGCCACGGUCAGCACACGUAUGUCUAUUCGCAGGUGUUGAUUCAAGUGCUCAGCCAAGAGCAGAAAGGUGGCUUCAAUAUGAAACGUUUGUCCCAGGAAAUCAUCAAAUACGCAUUGCAGAAUAAUCAGAACGUAACACCCAUUACAAUGGCAUUAAAUGGAUCGGCGGUAUAUCCCCAGGCGUGUCAGGCUCUUACCUCCAUGUUGACCCGCAAUACCUUGAAUCCGGCGGAUAUUACCGUACUAUUUCGAAAUUAUUCUGGCUCUGACCCACCACCAAUAGAUUUGAUACGUAAUCCGCAGUUUUUAGAACUUUUGGUAGAUGCGCUCUUCCGUUCUGGUGUUAAAAUAAAUCCGGAACACAAGCCCAAAUAUAUUUUCUUGUUGGCAUAUGCCUCUUCUGUUAUUGAUCAGCCAGCUAAGAAGAGACCCAUGACCGAAAGAACUUUAAAUAAAGACGAACUAAAGAGCACAAUUCAGGCAAUAGAAAAGGCACAUGCUAUAUGCAAUGUAGACCAAGGAUCCACUGAACUCAUUGCGGAGCUACAGACGCUCUAUAACUGCAUAAAGUAUCCAGUUGUUGGGGUUGGCGUAAUCCGAUGGAUAGAAAAUGUUGUAAUGGAACCAUCAUAUUUCAAACUGUCGACGGAUAGUUGUCCCACACAUUUGGCAGUGCUCGAUGAGGUUGCUGGAGUUCAUCCAACAUUGCAGCAGCAAAUUCUUUUUUUACUUAUCCGCUUAUUCGAGUCCAAACAAGAUGAACUGGAGAUACUUGUGCAACUUGAAAUGAAAAAGAUGAUACUGGAUCGCAUGGUGAAUUUGUUGACACGCGGUUGUGUCGUACCAGUGCUGCGAUACAUCAAACAAUGCUGUGCAAUCGAAGACACUGACAUUUCGUUGAUUCGGUAUUUCGUUACCGAAGUGCUAGAAACUAUAACCCAUCCCUACUCGGUCGAGUUUGUACAACUCUUUCUACCAAUGGUUGAGAACGAGGAGAUUACAGGUACAAUGCGUGGCGAGGGUGACAACGAUCCCGUAUCUGAAUUUAUUGUUCACUGUAAGGCGCAUUUUAUUACUGUAUAGCAGGCAAAUAAUUUCUAAUAUAAGCUCAAAGUUUUUUUUUAGCUUUUAAGUUCAUAUUCAUUUGUGUAAUCAGUAAAGUCCAGUUUUCUACUUA